UCCGCUGGCGCUGCCGCUGCUGCUGCUGCUGCUGCGGGACCGCUUGUUCUCAACCAGCCAGCAGCAGCAGUGGUCGGGACGGAGUGUGAUCGCUGUCCGGAGAGCAUAGAUGUGCAAAACCCCUGGAAUAUCCGUGCGCUGGACAGGCCAGAACCGACCACCGUGGAGGACUGUCUUUAUUUAGCCGUCACAAGGGAAAGAGCCACGGUGAAAGCAUGGCGGUAGAAGAGGAAGGUCUCCGGGUUUUCCAGAGCGUUAAAAUAAAAAUAGGAGAAGCAAAAAACAUCCCUCCGUACCCGGGGCCAAACAGGAUGAGGGACUGCUACUGCACUGUCAACCUGGACCAAGAAGAGGUCUUCAGGACCAAGAUCGUCGAGAAGUCACUCUGUCCGUUUUACGGGGAGGACUUCUACUGCGAGAUCCCACGUAGCUUCAGGCACCUCUCCUUCUACAUCUUUGACAGGGACGUCUUCAGGAGGGACUCUAGUAUCGGCAAGGUUGCAGUGAAGAAAGAGGACCUGCAGAAAUAUCAUGGGAAAGACACCUGGUUCCAGCUACAACCUGUCAGCGCUGACUCAGAGGUGCAGGGAAAAGUGCACCUGGAGCUGCGUCUGAGUGAAGUCAUCACAGACAGCGGAGCCGUCAACCACAAACUAGCCACACGAGUGUUGGAGUGCCAAGGUCUUCCAAUCGUCAACGGCCAAUGUGAUCCCUACGCUGCUGUCUCCUUGCUAGGGCCUUCCAGGUCAGAAGCCAAGAAGACAAAGGUGAAGAGGAAAAACAACAAUCCACAGUUUGAGGAGGUUUUCUAUUUUGAGGUGACGCGGCCAUUGAGCUACACAAGGCGGCAGUUUGAUGUUGAAGAAGAGGACGUUGACAAACUGGCACUGAGGGUGGAUCUGUGGAAUGCCAGCAACCUGAAGUUCGGGGACGAGUUCUUGGGAGGCGUGCGUGUUCCUCUCAGGGUCCUGGGUCAAGCUGGGGUCCAUGACGCAUGGUACUUUCUCCAGCCCAGGGAGAACGGAGGGAAGUCAGUGAAGUCGGUGGACGAGCUCGGCUCUCUGCGUCUGAACAUCGUUUACACUGAGGACCACGUCUUCCCCUCCGACUACUACACCCCCCUCCGCGAGCUACUGCUAUCCUCUGCGAAUGUGGAGGUGUGUCCCGUGUCGGCAUCCACAGCUCAUAUUCUGGGGGAGGUGUGUAGGGAGAAGCAAGAAGCCGCCAUUCCCCUCGUGCGUCUCUUUCUUCACUGUGGCAAGAUUGUGCCUUUCAUCAGCGCCAUCGCUCACGCUGAAGUCAACCGUACACAGGAUCCUAACACAAUUUUCCGGGGAAACUCGCUGACUUCCAAGUGCAUUGACGAGACCAUGAAACUGGCAGGAAUGCACUACCUGCAAGUCACACUCAAACCAAUCAUAGAUGAGAUCUGCACAGAACACAAACCCUGUGAAAUCGACCCAGUCAAGCUCAAAGAGUCGGAGAACCUGGACACAAACAGGGAAAACCUCCGCCAGUACGUUGACCGCAUCUUCAACGUUAUCACCACUUCUGGUGUGCGCUGUCCCACUGUCAUGUGUGAUAUCUUCUUCUCUCUGAGAGAGUCUGCUGCCACCCGUUUCCAAGUGGACCAAGACGUCAGAUACACAGCAGUGAGCAGUUUCAUCUUCUUGCGUUUCUUUGCGCCAGCCAUCCUCUCCCCCAACUUGUUUCAUUUACGGGCACACCAUCCAGAUCCCGCCACCUCACGAACCCUCACCCUCAUCUCCAAGACGAUCCAGACCCUUGGAAGUCUCGCCAAAUCUAAAUCUGCCAAUUUCAAAGAGUCUUACAUGGCUGCAUUUUACGACUACUUCAAUGAGCAGAAAUAUGCGGAUGCUGUGAAGAAUUUCCUGGACCUGAUCUCCACCUCUGGCAAGUGGGAUCAGAAGAGUAUUGAAACACCAAUCAUGCUCAAAGAGGGAUUCAUGAUAAAGAGAGCACAAGGGAGAAACCGCUUUGGAAUGAAGAACUUCAAGAAGAGAUGGUUUCGCCUCACCAACCAUGAGUUUACCUACCACAAAACGAAAGGUGAGGGAGCUCUGUGCAGCAUUCCCAUAGAGAACAUUCUGGCUGUGGAAAGGCUGGAGGAGGAGUCUUUCAAGAUGAAAAAUAUGUUCCAGGUUAUUCAGCCAGAGAGGGCACUCUACAUCCAGGCCAACAACUGUGUGGAGGCGCGAGACUGGAUUGACAUCUUGACCAAAGUCAGCCAGUGCAACCGCAAGCGCCUGAGCACCUACCAUCCUUCAGCCUACCUCAACGGCCACUGGCUCUGCUGCAAGCUCUCAGCAGACACAGCACCUGGGUGCUCGCCCUGCACUGCCGGUCUCCCAGCCAACAUCCAGCUGGACGUAGACGGAGACAGAGAGACUGAGAGGAUCUAUUCCCUGUUCACCACAUACAUGACGAAACUGAUCAAAAUGCAAGAGGCCUGUGGCAGUAAGUCUGUGUACGACGGGCCUGAGCAGGAGGAGUACUCCAGCUUUGUCAUUGAUGACCCCCAGGAGACAUACAAAACCCUGAAGCUGAUUGUCUCAGCUGUGCAGACCUUGGAGCGACAGCACACCAAGUACAAGCGAGACAAGUUCAAGAAGACAAAGAUAGGCAGCCAGGAGCAUCCGAUCGGAGACAAGAGUUUUCAGUGCUACAUCCGUCAGCAGUCUGAGAGCUCCACUUACUCUAUCUAGCCAUGGCUCUGCAGACUGUUUCUACGAUGCCCAGAACCAGCAUAUUUUUCUUUAUUGUAGAAAAAAAAUCCAUCUCAACAAUGCUCUGAGUCUAGUAUUGAUCUUUAAACCUUAUUUUGUCAUGAAGCAAGGCUUGUUUCCAAUUCAGCUCAACAUGCUUAAAGAUUUUCCUAUCGAAUGAGGUUAACUUUUGUAGAGGGAGCCUUUUUAUUUCAAGAAUAUGUCAAGCAGGAGAUGCUAGUUUGGAAACAAGUUGCACCUGUUUGACCGCUUUUUUCAGUUUUAAGGAAAAUAAGAGUUUAAAGAGUCGUAAUUGUUUAUAUGAGCUGUGGAGAUGGACUUUUUUGCAGCGUCUCAAGGUGCAUCACUCCAUAUACAUGGAGAAACAGACCUCAGAUCGGCAGGAAAUAGAGGAACAUUUGUGGAGGAAAGGAGGGAUACGAAUGAAUAAUCACACCGUACAUUUAUUUGGGUCUCCUUUCUGUGAUGUGACGAGAGAACAAACGUUUUCACUGGACGAUUUUGGCAGUGAUCAACACGCACUUUAAUCGCCUCCAAAUCUAUGGAUGAACAAGCCUCGCAGCACACUUUCAGAAAAAGCUUAUUUUAUCUGUUUGAUUUGUAUCUGGUUAUUUUAAUGGUUGUUGAAAUGUUCGUGUUAUUUCACGUCUCUCACACCAAACUUUAGAAGGAAGGACUGUAAUUUCGCCCCACGAGGGUGGUGUUGUCCUCAUGUACCUGUUUCUUUUUUUAAGUUUUGCCCCCAACCUCCUCAGGAAGGCUGUGAAGGUCGAGGGCACACAAGAAGGGAUUGUCGGGACCAAGCACAGCCCAGAGCAGCUUGAUGUUAGUUAUCAAAACUCACACUCCACUGACAUGUGUAGCCCUAAUUUUUUGAAAAUCCUUAUCAUCAACAUGCUGACAGAUGUGUUGGUUCAAGUUUUUGCUUUUCAUUUGAAGCCUUGUUCUGUUGUGUUUGGAUAUCGUGCACCUUUGUAACCAGUACCUGGGUUAAAGGAAUAGCUGGUUUUGUUAAAUGCUUUUUCAAUGCGUCUUGAGGGUCAAGACAAACCCAUUGAUGCCUUUUUUGCAUCUUUGCUUGCUGUUUAAAGGUAUUUUGAACACCUGGCUCAGUGUGGCUGAGUUUAUGGAUGUCUUUCAGAUCAAGUUGAAGCUCCUCUUGAAGUGAGGAAAAAUACUCCAUUAAAUAUCAAAGGUUUAAUUGAAUUGUAAAUAACUUUUUUUAAAUCACCAAUUUCCUGUUUACACACAGCCAUGGUGGAUAAAUAUGAGUAAUAUCAGAAAAGUAGAUAACAACUGAGCAAACUCCAUCUGCUGAUGUAUACUAUAUGUGACAGGGACAAAAGCUCAAUAACAAGCAAGUUGAAUUGAGAUUGUUUUGCGAACUACUGUUUCCAAAGCCAAGGAUGAUAAGUCUUAAAAUGCUCAGAAUAAUGGAAAGUUUGAUUAUCUUACAGUUCAAUAACAACAGCAGAGUCCAUCGACGGAUGAAGAUUGUGUGAUGCGGUUAAAACCUUCAGAGAAAGCAAGUAAAUGCACUUUGAACUGAGAUUCACUCCAGAAAAGCCGUUUUAACGUGGUGGAAACGAUGUAUUUCGCCACCAAUACUUGAUCCCAACAUCCAAUAACUGAGCUAAGCUAGGCUAAGAUCACCGUUCAACAUAACCUCAAACUGUAUGCAGAGAUAUUACAAAGGCAAACAUUAGUUUGUUUCAUACGGGGUGUGAAUAAACUAUGGUUAAAUAGAAGCUAUUCCUUCAACUACCACAAAGCAGAAUCUAUGUGUUGACACAGCUCACAUAACAACAAUGAUUUUUUAGCCUCACUUCUAAUUAAUCCAUAUACUAACAUUUUAACCGGGUGUGUCUCAAGUUAUGAUUGUGAGAUGGAUAAUGUGUGGCCCUAUUGGCUGCCUCAUAAUGUAGUUCUCCUGUUUUGUGAGAUAGCUCUGCCUCACUUUGGAAAAGCUGCCCCCCCCCGCGCGCCAUACUAGUUUGAAUCCUAUUUAUAUGCAUUCCUCUGAGAAACUGCCUGCUGUGAAUGUUACCAGUCAGCACCUCAGAAUCUGUUGAAGGUACAGGAUUUAUUGUCACUAGCCAGUUGUGUUGUGCUGGUCUAUGCUCCCCAAAGGCAACCACUCUGAUUUGCGUUCAUACUCAUCAGCACUCAUUCUCGCCAAAAACCAGUGCAUGUGUAGUACGGUUGUAGCCUCCGCAGUCUAUUCUGUGCGACCAGGUUAUUACAAACCACAGACACAUUUUCUUUCCAAAACUAGAAGUACCUGGUCAUGUAGCGUCAUGGGCGUUCCCGUGAUCACAGGAUCCCAAACAGUGCCAGUCAUCACUUUUCUAAAAUUCACUUUUUGAAAAUCAAACAAAAAAAAAAAAUCAUUGUUUAGAUAUGUUUUUUAUAUAUCAAAACCUAUACUGUUUUAAAAACAGAAGAGCAAUUAUUCUGAUAACAUCUUUUUCUUUGUCAGAUAUGUUGUAAGAACUAUGAAGUUAGUUCUCAACAAUUUGACUCGGUUUUCUAUCUUUGUCUUGUCAUACAGACAUCUCGCUGUAUAUUUGAACUGAGCGACUGAGGCGUGUCUUGUUGCGUAUGUUGGGUUGUACUUGUGCGUGCGUGACUGUGUGUGUUUGUGAGUAUGCUUUUCUCAGUAUGUGCAUGUGUGACUGACAUGACGGGUUGUAUUGCCAAUUGAUUUACCCAGUGUUACAGGAGUCAGGAAAGGCAGAGUCCCAGUUGUAAAAAAAAGAAAAUCACUGCCUGUAAUUAUACAAAAGUGUGUAGUAGAACUGUGGAAACACUGUUUCUCUACUCUGGCCUGAUAUGUUGUAUCUCCUCUUUCCUCUUGUAUAGAACCGCUGUUCCAUUUCAAGGAACAUUUUGCCAAUAUAUUCUCCCCAAACAUGUUAUGUAUGUAAUACAGUAAUAACAUUCAAACAUUAAGAGAAACAGCAUUGCUUUAACCUCUGAACUUUGAUGAAUCUUUGUUUCCACCAAUUACUAACGCUCCUCAGGUUUCUGAAAGUUUUUGCCAAGACUGAGGAGAAUCGGACUGAAGUACAAACCGCAAAACGAUUCAAUCUCUCAUCCCUAGCUUGGUAAUCCAUAUUUAUUAUAAUUUCAAAAAUUCCUUCCCAGAAGUAUCAGUUGAGUUGAGGGGGGUAGUGGCAGUUACUGUAACGGCAACUCCUCCACCCUGGAGCCCAAAAAGGAAUAACUUAUGCAAUAAUGGUGUUUCCGCAUGCAAUAAUAUUAACAACCCCUUAAUAAGCCCAUCAAAUUAACAAUGCACAUCUGCUGACCUUUUGCAGAGAAAUGCCUCUUCAGAUAAAAGCAUAUUAUAAAAGGGAGAACAGUGUAUUUUGUACAAAUAUUUUAAAAGUAUUAAAAUAAGCCUGUUGUGUGUAUAUAAAACAGUUGAAUGAAUGGUGAAAAUGUGUUGUGUUUUUUUUUUCCUGAAUAACUAAAUGAAACUGAUAUUAAUUCAAA